CCCGAAGCAGACUUCCUGGACCGCAGCAGGCGGCAGGGGUGAAAAGGCGGCGGCGGGGGAUCCCAGAGCCAUGGGGAGCGGGCGCGAUGCCAUCCUGGAGGCGCUGGAGAACCUGACCGCUGACGAGCUCAAGAAGUUCAAAAUGAAGCUGCUGUCAGUGCCUCUGCGCGAGGGCUACGGUCGCAUCCCGCGGGGGCAACUGCAGCCCAUGGACGCCGUGGACCUCACCGACAAGAUCGUCAGCUUCUAUCUGGAGACCUACGGCGCUGAGCUCACCGCGGCCGUGCUGCGCGACAUGGGCAUGCAGGAGAUGGCCGAGGGGCUGCAGAGGACGCUCAAGAAGCCUGCUGCUGCACCAGUCGGGAUCAGGCACUCUCCUCCCAUGGCAGCCAAGUCAGCCCCAGCACUGCACUUUGUGGACCAGCACCGUGCAGCGCUCAUCAACCGGGUCACAGCCAUCGAUGGGGUGUUAGAUGCCCUGCAUGGGAAGGUCCUGACCGAGGAACAGUACCAGGCGGUGCGAGCAGAGACCACCAGUCAAAUGAAGAUGAGGAAACUCUACAGCUUUGCUCCAGCCUGGAACGUGACCUGCAAAGAUCUGCUCCUCCAGGCCCUGAGGGACACCCAGCCCUACCUGGUGGCCGACCUGGAGCAGAGCUGAUGUGUCUUCCCCAGCAAUGGCCCUUGCAGUGCCAGCCAAUUCAUCCUGAAUGUUUUUUUUAAUAUACAAUAUACAAAAAACCAGCUCAUA